UGACGACAUAAAGCUGCGCCGCGCUCCUGCGCCUGCGAGUCGGCUGAAGAAAGGUUUGGGGUUUAAAUCAUUUAAAGAGUAUAAAUCAAUAAAAGCGUCCAGUCUAUUUAGAGUUUUUUAACAAUCGAAGUAAAUCGAACUAUUUUUCAUUGAAUAUGACAUCGAAAUUCUUUAUUUAACAUUAAUGAACGAUUGUUUUGUAAGUAAAACCCAGUCGCGCGUGAGUAACAGAAACUCUGUCUGAUUUCGUUUCUUAUAUCGUGAAGGAGUUCCAGACACGACUUCGGUCUCUGGCAUGUACUGUUAGAAAAAUCUGAGCUUUCUGAAACUCCGAGUGAACUGAACCAAACAGUAACUUGGCACAAUGAUUCAGAUCACGGCAGCUGACGACCCCUGCAGGAUAAAACCGUGAACAUACAACGAGAACACCAGAGUCUAAUAAUGGCUACACAAAAACACCAAUGCUUUCAAGAAAUGCGAUCUUCAAAUCAUUAAAUACUAAAUAUUAUUCAUACAAACAUAUAUGUGGACUUUAUGUAUACAUUGUGUUCUUUAUAAGGUCAUUUAUAAUAUCAUUGCCCCUCUGCCAGUCUACUGACCACUGAACCAGGGAGCUUUUUCAGACUCGCACUGAGAUUUGGAUCUUUCAUUUCUUUCUGUAAAUUAUUCUCAAACGCACAGAAAAAAAAAAAAAAAUCCUGUUGAAGCAUCUACGAGGUCUACAUGACAUACUAUUAAAAGAUGGCAAUUAUUAAAGAAGAGAGUGAAGACAUGAAGAUUGAAGAAGCAUUGAGAGUAAAGCAUGAAGAUACUGAGGAACAAACAGGUGCAGGAGGAUGCGAAGGAGAGCUUGGUUCGGUGUUGCUGUCUGUCUCUCUGCGUGCGCAGCGAACACUCAGACCUGAUGACACUGAAAGAGGAGAGUGAAAAACUAAAUGAAAUGGAAGAAAAAGACCAGAAACGUGAUUUCAUGAUUGGAGAAAAAUCCACAAAGACUAAGAAGUCAUCCUCACGAAAAAGAAGUCAGAAGACAGAAUCUAGCAGUUAUUUCACCUGCCGCCAGUGUGGAAAGAGACUGACUAAUAAACAAAACCUUGACGUCCACAUGAGAAUUCACAAUGGAGAGAAGCCUUUUACCUGCCAACAGUGUGGAAAGAGUUUCACUCAAAAACAAAACCUUAAAGUCCACUUAAGAGUUCACACUGGAGAGAAGCCUUACAAAUGCACUCAGUGUGGACAGGGUUUUACACAUAAAGGAAACCUUAAUGCCCACAUGAGAAUUCACAAUGGAAAGAACCCUUACAACUGCAAACUGUGUGGGAAGAGCUUCUCACGAAAAGAAAGUCUUAAUGCCCACAUGAGAAGUCACACUGGAGAGAAGCCAUUCAUAUGUGGUCAGUGUGGAAAGGGUUUAAAAUGUAAAGAAACCCUUAAUUGCCACAUGAGGAUUCACUCAGGAGAGAAUUGUCUUACAUGUCAUCAAUGUGGAAAGAGUUUCAGUCAUAAAAGAAGCCUUAAUACUCACAUUGUAAUUCACACAGGAGAGAAGCCUUUCACCUGCCCUCAGUGUGGAAAGAGUUUCUCACUUAAAGGAAACCUUAAGACUCACAUGAGACUUCACACCGGAGAGAAGCCGUUCACAUGUCUUCAGUGCAAGAUAAGUUUCACAUAUCAAAGAGACCUGAAACAUCAUUUGCAAACUCAUUCUGAAAAUAAAUUGCGAGUGUGACAAGGUUAACGAAAAGAAGCAAUUUCAAAAGUUGCCUGAACAUUCACUCUGGAGGAAGGCAGUUUAAUUGUGAUCAGUGUAACAAAAAAUAAUAAUAAUUUGCCACACUCAUGCAGAUGUUCAUGUUCUUUGUGUGUAAAGUGUUUUAAAUCAGGGGUUCCCAAAGUAGGGUUCAGGACCCCCCAGGUGGUCGCCUAACCACGAGAAAGGGUUGCAAGAUGAUUUCCAGAAAUCAAAUAAUUUUUUAAGGAUUAGAAAUAUUGUUACAUUUUAUAACUUGAAUUAAAACUAAAACUCCAGAAUGUUGCCCACCCAACCAAUUAGGUAAGAUUAAUGUUGAAAUGUAAGUAAUGAGUAAAUUGCUAUAAAAUAAUAUUGUUGUUAGACUGUUGUGUUCCUUUUUGUUAUCAUUAUGCUAGUGCAUGUGCAUCAUUGUGCAAAACAUUAGUAUACUUUAACCACCUCAGAAGAAAGUGGGUGUCCCGAGGUACUUAUACCUUAAGGGGUCGUGGGCUGAAAAGUUUGGGAAAACCUGUUUUAAAUGACUGCCAUUGAAAAUGGCAUCAGAAAAUAUGUAUCUGUGUGAAAUGAAGGCUACAAUCAAAUCACUGGUGAAUGUCGACCAAAUCUGAUUGUCAACAAUUGUUUUAUUUGCAUUCAUCAACUCUUUAUGAAAUUUAUAUUUUCUUUUAUCAUGUACAUAUUAACUUUUUGAAGUUAACUUCAAAACUAGAACCUGCACCCUUCGAGUUACAAGUCAGACCCUCAAAACUGCCCCACAAGUUUCAAGUUUUUUGAUUUAAUGACUUAAAUGAUUUAAAACUGUUCAAAAGUUAUUAGCAAAAAUAGCCAUUCUUCAUAUCUCCUAUCAAUCAAUCAAUCACCUUUAUUUAUAUAGUGCUUUAAAC